AUGAUCUACUUUAAGAAAUCUCAGAUUCUAAUAUUAAUUGUUGGAUGCAUCUUCGUAUACAUUCUUUUUAACUUUUGGCCGUGGUCAUCAACAACUUUUACGACGAACAAUCGGGUUUACUACAGACACAAUGACAAGGAGAAGACCACAAAAGAUAGGCCGAAGACUACAACAAAGCGGGACGUUGUGCGGAAGAAACUUUACAACAUUGAUGUCAUUAUAACCUUUAGCAAGGCUAAAGAUAAUAGAGGACUACAACGAAAUUUUGAAGUAACGGUAUCCUCCAUAUUCAAAUGGGCCACUGUACCUCUAUCACUAUAUAUCAUUGGAGAUGAUGAGAGCAAAGGUCUUGCUGAUCGCAUCAUAGAAGAAGCAGCAAGUAAAUACAACGCAAAGUAUACGAUGGUAUCUUUGGACGUGGAGCACUUAGCAAAGGAGUUACAUGAGAUUGUGAAGGAGAUGCAGCCUUAUUUCAGUUACAAACCAGGUGCCUACUAUAGCGAUGCCCUUUUCUUCCUCUCUAUGGCACUUCAUAAAGUCUUACCACUGACAGUUACCAAUGUUAUCAUGUUGGAUGCAGACCUUAAAUUCAAUGCUGAUAUAGCAGAACUGUAUGAAGAGUUUUACAAAUUUUCAGAUGCCAAUGUUAUGGGCAUUGCCCGUGAGAACCAGCCAGUAUAUCGCCACACUUUUUCACUAUAUAGAUCAAAACACCCUGGUACUCGUAUUGGAGACCCACCCCCAAGUGGUCUGACAGGCUUCAAUAGUGGCGUGCUGCUACUAGACCUGGAGAAGAUGAGAAAUUCAGAGCAGUAUAACUCCCUACUGACUGCAGCUUCAGUGAAGUCUCUAACCACUAAAUUCUCAUUCCAAGGUCACCUGGGUGAUCAGGAUUUUUUCUCCCUGGUUUCCAUGGAACAUGAGAACUUGUUUUACAUUUUACCAUGUACAUGGAAUAGACAGUUGUGUGAGUGGUGGAGAGACAAAGGUUACCAGGAUGUGUUUGAUCUUUAUUUCAAAUGUGAAGGUAAAAUCAAUAUAUUUCAUGGGAACUGUAAUACAGCUAUCCCUGUAUUAGACUGGGAAAAGGUGACAUAGUACGUGUAAUUAUAGUGGACAGAUACAAAUAUAUCAUACUAAAUUCCAUUACACUAGUGUUUCUCAACACAGGGA